GUGAGAGAACCAGAGAAGCGUCGGUCGGUGAAGACAUCAGCAGCUGCUCACAGUGGUGAAAUCAACCCCCGAAGAGGCUUCACCAUGGGGCGGGUAGCAAAGGAAGUGUCCGGCCAGGUCCUCUGUUUCAUGGGCUUUGUUGGGGUGUGCCUGACAUGCGGAAUUCCAAUGUGGCGGGUGACCACGUACAUCGGGGCCAACAUCGUCACAGGGCAGAUCAUAUGGGAUGGCUUGUGGAUGCAGUGCGUGAUGCAAAGCACGGGCCAGAUGCAGUGCAGCCUUCAGUCCUCCAUCAUGGGAAUCUCUCAGGACCUACAGGCUGGUCAGGCCUUGACUGUCAUCUCCCUUGUGGUGGCCUUCAUCGGCUUUGCGCUGUCCUUCGUUGGCGUCAAGUGCACCAGCUGCCUGAGCCGCGAUGUGUCCCAGACGAAGGUGGUCAUCCUGUCGGGAAUCAUCUGCAUCAUCGCAGGAGUCCUCUGUCUGAUUCCCACAGCUUGGUCUGCAGCCAUAGCUGUAACAGACUAUGAGAACCCUGUGGUCAUUCAGUCUCAGAAGAGAGAGAUAGGUGCAUCUAUCUUCAUUGGAUGGGGAUCGAGCAUUCUGCUGAUCAUUGGAGGAUCUGUCCUUUGCUCAUCCUGUCCACCACAAGACCCCAAAUACUUCUACCAGACCUACCCUCCACAGUACACUGCCUACCCUGGAUCCAUAUAUACGGCUAGAUCAUAUAUGCCUGCAAAGACAUAUAUGCCACCCAAGACAUAUUCUCCGGCAAGGCAGUAUGGCCCUGCUUCAAGGCCCACUUCACCCGGACAGUAUCUUUAAUAAGUCAAACAAGGGAAGUAAUCUGGAUAUUGACUUAUUUUCUCUGAUACUUCCUUCUUUUGGUUUGUCUUUGUGCCAUAAGAUCCU